CCGCCAGGACGUGUGGAUGUCUACUCACCGAGCCUCAUGGGAUCCCUGGGGUGCUGGUGUGUGUCCUUUCAGGAGGCGGUGACAUUUGGCGAUGUGGCUGUGCACUUCUCUCGGGAGGAGUGGCAGUGUUUGGACCCUGGCCAGAGGGCUCUCUACAGGGAGGUGAUGUUGGAGAACCACAGCAGUGUGGCUGGACUAGCAGGAUUCCUGGUCUUCAAGCCUGAGCUGAUCUCCCGGCUGGAGCAGGGACAGGAGCCAUGGGUCCUUGACCUGCAGGGAGCGGAGGGGACAGAGGCGCCAAAGACCCCCCUGACAGAUUCUACAGUUAGGACUGAAAAUGGCCAGGCCUGUAAGGUCACAGACUCUCUAAAAUCAGAACUCCAUGGGAUGAGGGUCAGAAUCCCCUCACAGGAUUUUCCUCAGAGUCCUGGCUUUGGAGACACUUCUGAUUCUGAGGUCUGGUCAGAGAGUCAUCUGAGUAGCCCUAGGCUGCGAGUAAUGGGCUCCCUCUUCCAGAAAAACGGUUUAAACAAGGGGGCUGUGGCCCACAAGGUCUUCACCAAGGAUGCUGCCCAGGGACGUAGGGAGCUGGGGGCCAGUGGCCUGGAUUGUCAGCCUGGUAAAAGUGAGAGAGAGAGUGCAGAAGGGGCCUCCCAGAGAUGCGAGGUGUGUGGCAGAGGCUUCAGACUCACCUCAGACAUCGCCCAGCGUUGGGAAGCUGAUGGGCAGAAGAGACCUGACAGAUGUCAGGAAUGCCAAGGACAGUUGCCUGCCCGCCUGCAGGGGAAGCUGCCAGGUAACUGCCGUGGAGAGAAGCCAUAUGCGUGUGCAGAGUGUGGGAAAGUCUUCAGGCUGUGUUCACAGCUUAAUCAGCAUCAGAGAAUCCACACUGGUGAGAAACCGUUCAAGUGCAUCGAGUGUGGAAAAGCCUUCCGCCUGAGCUCAAAACUUAUUCAGCAUCAAAGAAUUCAUACUGGAGAGAAGCCCUACAGGUGUGAGGAAUGUGGGAAAGCCUUUGGCCAGAGCUCAAGCCUCAUCCACCAUCAGAGAACCCACACUGGAGAGAGACCCUAUGGUUGUCGUGAGUGUGGGAAAGCCUUCAGUCAGCAGUCACAACUGGUCAGACACCAGAGGACACACACCGGAGAGAGGCCCUACCCCUGCAAGGAGUGUGGGAAGGCCUUCAGCCAGAGUUCAACUCUAGCACAGCAUCAGAGGAUGCACGCUGGGGAGAAAUCUCAAAUCCCAAGAGCCUCAGACAGUCUGAGCCUUGUUGCACAUCAGAGGAUUCAUGCUGUAGAGAAGCCCUUUAAGUGUGAUGAGUGUGGGAAAGCCUUUAGAUGGGUCUCGCGCCUUAGUCAGCAUCAACUGAUUCACACCGGAGAGAAACCUUACAAAUGCAACAAGUGUACAAAAGCCUUCGGCUGCAGCUCACGGCUUAUUCGCCAUCAGAGAACUCACACUGGAGAAAAACCAUUUAAAUGUGAUGAGUGUGGGAAAGGCUUUGUGCAGGGCUCACACCUCAUUCAGCAUCAGCGAAUCCACACCGGAGAGAAACCUUACGUGUGUAACGACUGUGGAAAAGCCUUUAGCCAGAGCUCCAGCCUUAUUUACCACCAGAGAAUCCAUAAGGGAGAGAAGCCUUACGAGUGCCUCCAGUGUGGAAAGGCCUUCAGCAUGAGCACACAGCUCACCAUCCAUCAGCGGGUGCACACUGGAGAGAGGCCCUACAAGUGCAGUGAGUGUGGGAAAGCCUUCAGCCAGAACUCCACGCUCUUCCAGCACCAGAUCAUCCACGCAGGUGUGAAGCCCUACGAGUGCAGCGAGUGUGGGAAGGCCUUCAGCCGCAGCUCGUACCUCAUUGAACACCAGAGAAUUCACACCAGAGCCCAGUGGUACUAUGAGUACGGGAGUACCCUGGAAGGAGCUCCCUUUGUGAGCCGUAAGAAAGUUAACACCAUAAAGAAACUGCAUCAGUGUGACGACUGUGAGAAGAUAUUCAGGUGGCGCUCACACCUCAUCAUCCAUCAGAGGAUUCACACUGGAGAGAAGCCUUAUAAGUGUAACAACUGUGGCAAAGCUUUUAAUCGGAGCUCAAGGCUCACUCAGCAUCAGAAAAUUCACACGGGAUAGACUGUCGAUUUAUAGAUGUGGAUAAACCUACAGCCUUAACUUAGUUACUUUAUAUGAGAUCAUUUAUAUUGAUGAGAAAUUUAGAAUGUUGGGAAAGAUUCAGAAUUGCUCUCUUAAGAAAGAGUAUCCAACUUCAUACAAAAUGUUUAUUUGCUGGAAUGUUUGACCUUAACCCAUUCAAUAAAGCCAGUGUCCCUCGCA